UUUUAAGCCUUAUAUGGUACUCCACCAUUGUUAAAUAUGGCUUGAAAGUUGAGCCGUGUUGUUAUUGUAUAGUUAUCAGCGGACUUCUUGAGGAAAAUGAAAUCUGUCAUUUUCAGAUAUUAUUGUAUCUCUAUUUUCUUCAAGACUCAGACUAUCUAGGUGGCAUUAUUACAUUAUUAAGACAGAAUGCUGCAAAAUUUCAAGAUAAAUACAGGAUAAAUAUAAAUAUUUAUGGACUGUACAGAAACAGAAUUUGAGAUGCUUCAGAGUUUGCUUGCAACAUGUGGAAGUCUUCUCAUGCAAAAUAUCAAUAUGGAAAUGGAUGAGGAGACAGGGCUAGACAUGAUCAAGAUUCGUUUAGGCAGUAACAUCAUAUAAGUUGUUAUAUUUAUGUGUUUUGCUACCAAGUUUGAUAUUUAAUGAGUUGGACAUGGUAACUCUUACAAAUAACAUGAACUUUUAUUGAUAUCGGAUAGGUCAGCAGUGUUCCUAGUGUAAGUUAAGAGUGUUAGGUUAAUACUACAUAAAGAUAGAGUAUAAAUCUUGACAAGUUGAUGGAUUUUUCCUGGUAUUAUAUUAAACCAACACACUAUAUACAAGGGUAGAUUUUCUUCACAUGAUAUUAUACCAGUGCUGUCAAGGUACGACAAGUGGAUGGAUUUUUCCUCACUUGACAUUAUACCAGUGCUGUCAAGGUAUGACAAAUGGAUGGAUUUUUCCUCACAUCACAUUAGACCAGUGCUAUCAAGGAUCUACAGAAUGAUAUAGUUGAUGUGAACUGCAAAUGUGAAAUAUGUAGAUGAUGGAUUUUAUGAUGUCUAUACAAGCAGACAAAUCUUUACUAGGGGAAAUAUUGCAGAACAAUUUAGUAAUGAUGUAAUGAACCAGUGUCAGAAACAUGUGACAGAUGUAGGAGGAUUUCCAGAAACAAUUCAUUUCCAGCAGGGAUAUCUUCCACAUUGUUAUGCUACCUGGAUAUAUCCACAGUGACAUGUUUACAGACACUUAGAAGACUUCCAGAAGCCAAGACAUAGAAGGAAUAUUUCAGUUAAAUAUUGAAUGAUAAUUUCCAGUGAUAGGAAUUAUUUCCAGUUAUAUUUUCUCCAUUAUUUCCAGUGAAAUAUUAAGUGUUAUUAUAUUUCAAUAGUUAUUACAAUUACAUCUAUCAUUUGUAGAAGGAACACUUUUAUAUCAAGGAGAGUAAUUUUGCAGGAACGUUGCCAGCAUUUUAAAUAGAGAGAUAUUGAUCAAGGCAUUAAAACCAUGAUCUUCAGCAAUAGCGUAGACCUGCUUUUGAUUUGUUUGAAUUAGUACUGAUGGAAAAACAAACUCUAUUUUCCUCAAACUUUUAAUUCAACGAUAUCCGGAAAUGAAAUAUUUACUUUUGUGUAAAAGAAUGAUAACACCGGGCCGACACAGGUGGACCUCGAUUUCUAUUGUGUAAUGACAAGGUAUAUUUUUCGACAAAAAGUGAAUUAUCAGAAUACAUGUUGUCAGUUUCCAAACAAAUUAUCAGACAAGUUUCCAGGUAACUUUUAGUUUUACUAGCAUCAAUAAAAUUUGACUGUUGUAGAAAAACAGCAACAAUAACAAAAUUUCAUAGAAAGAGAAUGGAUGCCAGAGGGACACAACUGCUAAGAUUGAUGUGUUAAAUUUAAUACCGGCCGAGUAUAGUAGCAUAGAAGAAGGAGAAACAAAAAAAGAGUUUGUUUUUGGAUGUUCUUGUAUAAUCACAGACCUAUAAUGGAGAAACGCCAAGAUCUGCUCUGACUGCUGAUAAGCAUACUGGCUGGCUGAUCUCAAGAAUGGGGAAUGUGCAUAACUUGAGUGUUAAAAGUCAUAGCCAUCACUCGACUACAAUGGAAGAGGAGCUGACAUGUCCAGUAUGUCUAGAACUGUAUGCUGACCCCCUCCUCCUGCCUUGCUCUCACAGCAUCUGUAAAAAAUGCCUACAGGAUAUUGUUGACAACAGAUACAAGUCUGGAAAAGAUGGGCUAGACUGUCCAUCAUGUCGGAAAUCUCAUCCAGUCAGCAGAACUAAAGUUGGAAAACUUCCUCGAAAUUUAGCGCUUGAAAAUAUUGUGUUUCGAUAUCAGGAGAUACAGAGUCAGAAUAUGACAAGGUCGCGUAAAAGUCUCGACCUCACGUUAGAUUUUCCAUCACCUAGCUCACCUAGUCAGUGUGCAAGCCCUCUUUCACCUGAGGUUGAAAACAUUGUUUUCAGUGAAGAUGUAUUAGAAAUGUGUGGCCUUUGUGAGGAAAACUCAGGUAAAAAAGCGUCAUGGUACUGUGAACAGUGCUGCGUUGCAUAUUGUCAAUCAUGCCUAGACAAUUUUCAUCCAAAACGUGGACCUCUAGCGCAUCACAAACUGAGAAAACCGGUUAAAGACAGUUCUUCGGGAAAACAGGCAUUUUGUUGUGAUCACGAGGCGGAGGUUGCAGCAAUUUUCUGUGAUAAGUGCCAACUUUUGGUUUGUCAUUUGUGUGUAUGUGAGGGCGUGGGAAAACAUUCACAACACAAAAUCCUAUCACUGGAUACAGCAUUAGUUCAAACCAAGGAGACAGUAUCACAUACCAAGGAGAGGCUGGAAAACAUGGUGGCCACUCUGUCAGACCAAAGUGCUAAAAUGGCAGAAAUCUCCGAGGAUAUUGAGAGUAUACAUGCACAAGCUAGUCAAAAAAUUGAUCUGCAAUAUCAGAGACUGAUAGAUGACAUCACAUCCAGUCUACGUCAACAUCGUCAUGCCACACUUCACCGUUUGUCUGAGAGCAAGUCAAAAAUACUAGCUAAACUAAGAACACAGAUUGAGGAAAAUAGACAACAGUUGAAGACUAUGGAAAACCUGAUGGAGUCCUGUAAGAAGCUCCUGGAUGAGGAUCAUACCAAGGGUUUACUAAUGAGAGCCUCAGAUGUGGCACCACUGGUACAGAAACAAGAGGCAGUGUCAGACAGUACAGCUGACGAGGCUGAACAGUGUCAGAGCAUUAUUCCAGUGAUAAAAUCACCUGCCUCACCGGGAAAAGAUGCUCCAAGGGUCGGCAACAAGUGCUUAACUACAUGGGGCUUCAACUCUUCAAGUUUUACAGCUGAACCGCUUAGCUUUAAUGCCAUGUGGUCAGUGACAGUGGAAAAGAAUGCAAGUCAGAUGGGAGAUUUGAAAAAUGGAUAUAUAUUUGGAGUUGGAAUCUCUUUCGAUAAACUAAGCUUAAAGGAUCAAGUUGGAUUGAACAGUUUAUCCCAUGGUAUAGUUUGCACUGGUGGGAAUCUUGUGUAUUCACACAAUGGUAAAAUAGAACAACUAAUGCCAUUGGAUGGUUUACCUCUAUCUGUGACAAUCUACUGCACAAUAGACCAAUCAGAGGGAAUUUUACUUGCAUAUACAAUCACAGAUGCAUCAUGGGGUGACACACUACAUGGGAAGAAAAUUCUAGUUGACCAGUUUUCUAGGAAAGAAGUAUUUCCUGUUUUUACUGUCAGCCAAAGGGUGAAGAUGCAAUUUCCAACUUAUGUUUAAGUGCAAUGUCUUGUUUUUUUUCACUGAUAGUCAAAAAUGUUCUUGCUAAGUCAUGAGAUUAUAACUGUUCUUGUUUUCCUGUUAGAAUCGGUGUCUUACCUCGUUAAUUAUUAAGUGUUUAUGGGGUGAAAUACCUAAGAAUGUUUCGAAUAUGGCAUCAAAAAAAUGGGGACAUUCUCCGCCAAUUUUGGAUAACUCAUUUUAAUUCACCGCAACAGUCUAUGUCAGUUUUGAAUGAAUAUGGUUUAUCUACAUGUAAAGGGAGACAACUUAUUUAAACUGUAAGGCAAGAAAUAAACACAGAAAUGAGGGAGUCAGUGCUUCAUGUUUUUCACAGUAAUUAUUAUGUUAGUUAUUAUUAUUUAUGUACUAGUUAGGGCAAUACAGAGUCUGAAAUUAGCUGUGACAACAUUUAGAUAUCAUUUUACCACAGAUUUUUUUCCAGAAAUAAUUUUUUUAGUUUCCAUUGUCUGAAAUGUGGUUAACAAAUUAUUUUCAGAUGAACUAUCAUGGCUUUUAAUUCGAAAAUUAGCCUUUUUACUUCUAUUUAAAUGGUCAUAUAUUGAUAAUAAACACAUUAAUUAUCUUUCUGCUGUUUAAAUAUCUCUGCAGAGAACCAAGGAAGUUCCGUUAAUCUUACAAUUUAUAUUAAUUUUCUGAUUUUCAAAAAAAGGUACAAAAAGGUGUAACAUAGAGUCGUGCUUGUUGGACUUGUAUUUUGAAUUGAAAAUGGCAUUUCUUUAAGAUAAAAAGUUUAGGGAUUUUUUUGUCAGUUUGAGAAAUAUCUAUUGAAAAAAAGUUUGUAUCUGCCAUUUACGAACUUGUAAAAUGGUAUAUUAUAUGCUGUUAGAUACAAAAAUUAUAUGGUAAAAAACAAGGUGAUAAGUAGCAGAUAUGACCUUUCAUUAUUAUAAAUGGUUGUGCAAAAGACAUAUGAGCCGUGCCAUGAGAAAACCAACAUAGUGGCUUUGCGACCAGCAUGGAUCCAGAUCAGCCUGCGCGUUCGCGCAGUCUGGUCAGGAUCCAUGCUGUUCGCUAACAGUUUCUCUAAUUGCAAUAGGCUUUGAAAGCGAACAGCAUGGAUCCUGACCAGUCUGCGUGGACGCAAACCACUAUGUUGGUUUUCUCAUGACAUGGCUCAUAUUUCAAAGUUCCUUAAUAACUUCAGCUCAAUAAAUAUAUCGAUGCCUUAGAAAUAUAAGGCUGUAAGUGCUAUAUAAUUUCUUCAGACUUACAGCCUUACAUUUCAAAACAGUCUAUAUGAUAGUUGGUACAUUUAGUAUUUAAAAGCAUUAGGUAUGAGGUUUCAAAAUGGAGAGGAACAUUUAAGUGAGAAAUUUGUAAAACAAAAUUAGCAGGGUUUUUUUCUUCAGUUUUCUACAGUUUUUCACUUGCACUCUACUAUUUCUGGGAGGUCAGCAUGCAUAUGCUAUAAUUGGUUUAGUAAGACUAUUACAUUUAAAGAAACUAUCACUCCAGAUCAAGACAAAAACUUUUCUUAUUCUACAUAGUUCCACAGAUUUAGAUAUGUUAUUGAGUUUGUGUAACAUAUUCGUGUAACAUACUGUAAAAUCAUUUAAUUUCAUGGGCAUGAAAUUUCGUGGUUUUGUUCAAAAUGGCAAUUUCCUGGGGAUAUGAAUUCGUGGCUUUCAACUUUUGAACAUAAAAAGAAUGGGAAUUUUAUUUGUUCGUUGGGAUUAAAUUUUGUGGAUUGACUCAACCACGAAAUCCACGAAAAUUAGUCCCCCACGAAUAUUAAUGAUUUCGCAGUAAUGAAAUUGGUAUAGUAAUAUAAUUAAAACAGACAAUCUGCUACAUGAUUGUACUAGUAAUGGUAUUAGAAACAGGUUCCGUGGAAUUUACAUGUUAAUCUCUUUUACUGUAUAACAUUAUGUCACAUGAUAUCUAAGAUGGCAUUCUGCCUUGACUGUUUUUGAACUGCCAAAUUCUUGUUUCUGUCAGAUACUGUAAAGUGGGGAAUUUUUGCACUGAUUUUUUUAACUAUAUUCUGUAACCAUUUGUAAUCACCAAUAGGUAAAAACUUGCAGAAGUUAUUCUUGUUAUAAAAUGCCCUAUAUUGUCACUAGUUGGUCAUAUAGUGUGAUUACUAUACAACACAAAUCAGUAAAAGUAUAUAUCAUAACAAACUUUUAUCCUUGCAGAUAUAUCUGGUUUACAGUAUUCAUUUGUGCUAUAUUUAUACUUGUUCUUUUUUCAUUUGGCCUGUAUGCAUUUUUGUGAAUAAAUAUGUACAAAGUUGAA